AGCCGGCCGGACACGGACAGCUCCGUGGCUCCCUCCCUCGGCUCAUCCCCGCGUCCCCGCGUCCCUCCUCCCCUCGCUGCCAGCUGCAUCCUCUGCAGACCCUCGGAACCCACGCCCGGGGUCGUCCGGCCCCCGCGGCUCCGUGCCAUUGCUCCCCCACCCCCAGCCAACCCCGCAACUUUCUCCGCCCGCCCCCGGGGGCGGGAGGCUGCUUAGCCCCGGAGGGUUUCUCCUGGGGCUCCUUGGGGGCAGUGUCUGGAGAAAGGCUCCACAACUCCGGGGGGAAGCCCGCCGCCCGCCGCCCGGCCCCGGCGGGCCUGCCGUCGGGUCUCGGUGCCCUCCCUCGGCCUCGCCCCCAACCAUGACCGAAAUGAGCGAGAAGGAGAACGAACCGGAUGACGCGGCCACCCACACCCCCCCGGGGACCGUCCCCGCCCUCCAGGAAACCAAGCUCCAGCGAUUCAAGCGCUCACUGUCUCUCAAGACCAUCCUCCGGAGUAAGAGUGUGGAGAACUUCUUCUUCCGCUCUGGCUCGGAGAUCAAGUGCCCCACCGAGGUGCUGCUGACACCCCCGACCCCCCUCCCCCCGCCCUCCCCGCCCUCCGCGGGGGGCCUGCCGACGCCUGCCCCCUCCCCGUGCCCAGUCCCACGCCCCCUGGCACCUCUCAAGCCAGUGAGGCUGCACAGCUUCCAGGAGCACGUCUUCAAGAGAGCCAGCCCGUGUGAGCUGUGCCGCCAGCUCAUCGUGGGAAACUCCAAGCAAGGCUUGCGAUGCAAAACCUGCAAAGUCAGCGUCCACCUCUGGUGCUCCGAGGAGAUCUCCCGCCAGCCAUGCCCGGGCAAGACGUCCACUUCCUUCCGCCGCAACUUCAGCUCCCCCCUCCUGGUGCACCAGCCGCUACCAGUCUGUGCCACGAGCAGAGAGUCCCCACCCUCUGCAGGGACCAGCGGGAAGGUGGACCCCGUCUACGAGACCCUGCGCUACGGCACCUCCCUGGCCCUCAUGAAUCGCUCUAGCUUCAGCAGCACCUCUGAGUCCCCCACGAGGAGCCUGAGCGAGCGGGAUGAGCUGACCGAGGAUGGAGAAGGCAGCAUCCGCAGCUCAGAGGAGGGGCCUGGCGACAGCGUGUUCACAGCCCCAGCCGAGAGCGAGGGGUCAGGAGCAGAGGAGAAGAGCCCCGGACAGCAGCCCCCCAGGCUCCCCGUGCGGAAGGAUGUGGGGCCCAUGUACUCCUACGUCGCACUCUACAAGUUCCUGCCCCAAGAGAGCAACGACCUGGCCCUGCAGCCGGGAGACCGGAUCCAGCUGGUGGAUGACUCCAACGAGGACUGGUGGAAGGGCAAGAUUGGCGACCGGGUCGGCUUCUUCCCAGCCAAUUUUGUGCAGCGGGUGCGGCCAGGCGAGAAUGUUUGGCGCUGCUGCCAACCCUUCUCUGGGAACAAGGAACAGGGUUACAUGAGUCUCAAGGAGAACCAGAUCUGUGUGGGCGUGGGCAGGAGCAAGGACGCCGAGGGCUUCAUCCGUGUCAGCAGUGGCAAGAAGCGGGGCCUGGUGCCAGCCGACGCCCUGACCGAGAUCUGAGAGGAGCCAAGAGAACCCAGCCACCCCUGCCUAGGCCUGGCCCCUGCUUCUGGCCUGGGGUGGGGGAGGCACCCUCGUCCACACUCCCCCUCCCUCUGCCCCUCUCCCAGGUGCCACCCACCAUGGCUUAGGAAGGAUUUGUCCUGGGCGGGGCGCCCCGAGUGGGUCGGUCCUCUGGGACUUGAGGUGGGGGAGACGGUGGGAGAGAACGAGGAAGCUGCAGGGAGGGGGGCCCCCGGCAUCGCAGUCUAGUGCCGCGGAGUCCAGCCCUGGGGGAGGCUUCCAGACAGUUUCCUCCUGCCCACACCUCCUAUGCAUGCCCAACCCCCCUCCGAGCGCAGAGCCUCUGCUUGGGUCCAUGUGUGUGCACCCGCACGUCUGCCCCUUUGCCAGUGCAGGCCCUGGGGGAGGGGCUGUCCUCCCCGGGGCCGGGAGGGGACCCAGGGCCGCCUCCUGGUCUCACCACCUCUUGUGGCUCCGUCAAUUCUCAGGAACGUUCUGCAGGAAUCUCUCCCAUUACUUGAAACCUGGGCUGACAGGGGAGGGGAGGGCUGAGGUCUGGGAGGGUGUGACAAAUCAGACUGUCCCCUCAAGUGGAAGGAACAUCACCGGACAGCAGCCUCGCCCUGCCCUUGUCCACCGGGAAAGGACACCCACGAGCAGCCUCGACACAGAGGCCCACCCGAGGAGGAGGCACUGACCCACACCUGGCCUUCCCCGCCCCCUUCCUGGGCUCUGCCAAAUUCCUUUCCUGGGUGUAUCAGCUGCCCCCCCCAAACCCCGGCCGGGACACGGAGCCCUGGAGGAGCCCUGGAGGAGCCCGGAGACAGACGAGGAAAGGGGGUGGGCCUGGGGUGGGGUGGGCACAGGGGGAGGACCCUUUCCUCACAGGCUGCUUCUCUCUGGUGCCAACACCCCUCCCUCCCCCAAGCUCAGAGCCUCCUCUUGUGCCCUCGGUUGUGCUUGGCCAAUGCCACCCCCAUCCUAGGCACAGCCACAUGCUCCCGCGCAGUGGAGGGGGACACUGACCUUCCGUCCCGGCAGCCCUUCCCCUACUCCUCCCCUGCCGAGGGGGGGCUCAAGCCACACUGCCCUGUUUGCUGCCAUAGGCCCACCCCCCCAGCCCCAUCCCGGGGGCGGGCCCAAUGCCCACUGUACAUGAGGCUGCAUGGGGGGUCUGCUGGGGCAUUGCCUGGCCCCCAGACCCCUAAUUAAAUGUUUCU